GCCAAAUUAGCGUCCGUUUAACAUUGGAGACGUUUUUCUCAGAAAAGCGCAGAAUGCUGUCAGAGGAAGAAGUUGUGACACAUUUAUGAAAACAAAACGUCAACGCAGGGUGUGCGUGUGUGCUGUGCUAGGCGAAAAUAAAACGAGGAAAAAUAGCCAUUGCCAAAAUUUGAACAAGUGUGUACAAACAGCAUAAUUUUCAUUUGAAUUCCUGAAUCCAGAUGCGCCAAAUCGGUGACAGCGCAUUUUCCCGCAAGUCGGAUUUCCCGAGUCCCCGCGAGAGCGAAGACUUUAUUUUUAUCUGGAUCAGUGCGAGGAUCUGAGGAGAUUUUCGCUGGAGAUGAGUAAGCCGCGCGGCUGAAGCGAGAGAUAUUUUCGUACAGGGCGAAUUGCCAGGCAAAUGAAAUGUGCUUUGGUGCCAUUGGUGAUGCAAUUUCUGUCACUUGCGCUGCAUUAUAUAUCCCCCUGCUUCUCGAAAAUAAUUGCAAUAAACAGUUUUCCGACACAAAGUCUUGCGCGUUAGGCGGUCUCACCCGCAGUGCGCAAUUUCUUGUUUUGUUUUAGACGGAUUCUCGAGCAAGAGGGAUUUCCGUUUGACGCGCAAUCUGAGCGCGGCGCCCGCAGCAGCCGUCUGCAAAAGCACUUGGACGACAUCGCCACCCGACACCCCGAAUUCGCAGAGCACCUGCGACCCUCCGACAUGGCCUUCACCAAGGGCGGACAACGCACCCGCCAGCCUUCGGGCAGCAGCUCCGGCGUCUUUUCUAGCGGAGAAGAAGACGCAGCCUCUGACUCGCAUAGUCAGGCAAGUGACGAGACUCCGAAACCCCCGCAGCCAGAAACGGCAAGGAAAUUGCCGCAGUAUGGACUGAGAAACACAGUGGAUCUUGGAGGAGCCGCUCAGCAAUUGGCUGAGAGGGAAAGAAACCAAAGGUCAUGGUCAGCGCCACCAGAAAGCCGCGGAAUGGAAGAACAACCUAAAAGGUUUGUGUCCCGAAUCGAAAUUCAGCCAUCCGCUCCUAAGGCACCAGGCGAAGUAUCAGGAAGUCCAGCCGCAACCAACCCGGGUGUCCAAAUGCCGUCUUCAAGUGCCGGAAACUCCUCAGCAAACCCAGGCAAGCCUCCAGUCGCCCCAAAGCAACAAACCAAGAGUGGCGAGCGCCUCAUCCCCAUUUUCGUGGAGGGCCGAAGCGAGCCCGUGUUUCCAAAGGAAUCUCACGAGCGACCGCAGCAGUCCCCACCGCAGCCUCCGCCGCAGUUUGAGCAGCAGCAGCAUCCAUUCCCAGAGCGAUCUGCCAACUUUGACGACUACACCGAUUUCCCUCAGUUCAAGAGCCGCGGGUUCAGCGAGAGUGCUUUCGCAGACAGAUUCGCCCGGCCAGACUUUACAAACCGAAACCAGCGGCCCUUUGGCGAGCCGUUCUGGGCCCACAGGGGGUCUGGCUCGGCGCACCAGCCCCAGCACCCGCAGCAGCCACCGCCGUCGCCCCCGCAGAAGCGACCCAUGCCGGCUCAGUCUCCGCCAACCAAGCGCACUCAGGAACAAGCACCCGCGGCCGAAAACGCUGCACCGCCCCCGCCACCCCCUCCAGUCAACGACCCACUUUCAAAGGUGGCUGCCGUUCAAAAGGACGUUGAUGCGCUCAUGCGAGAGAUCGAAGAGUUUAGUGGCGAGUCAAAGAGCGACAAGCAGUACAUAUUCCUGGAUGAGAUGCUGACGCGCAACUUGAUCAAGCUGGAUGACAUUGACACCAACGGAAAGGAUGAAAUACGCAAGGUGCGCAAAGAGGCGAUUCGAAGCAUCCAACGUGCGAUUAGUCUUCUUGAGUCAAAAGUGAAAAAGACUGAAGAACGGAGCGUGAGUGGUUCCGAACCGACUGCCACAGAGACUGCUAUGAUAGUGGAUUCCUCUGAACAAUCAAGUGAUGCCGCGGCGGGCGACCAGCCUGCAAAUCAGUGAUUUCGCUGACACUACCUAUUAACCAGAGCAAUGAAUUGUGUAUUUUAAUCCAGCAAUAUUUAUUGACACUGAUAUUCAAGCAAGCUGCUAUUGUGCCGUACUAGUUAUUUUUUAUGUUUUUGUCAAAAUGUAGUUUGUAGUUAUCUGCCUGCUGAAUCAAUUUGUUUUACGGGUAGCCAUUUUAAUCUGCCUUACAAUCAGUAAAACUGCCUUUGAAUUCAAGAAUAAACGUGCCUUUCGCUGCACACACAUUGGAAA